UCUAUUCUAUCUCAUCAUCAUCAUCAUCAUCAUUAGCAGCCUCCUUUCUCUCCUCUCACUUUAUCUUUACCAACAUUCAAAAUGAUGAAGCUUAGUAGCAGUAUUGCUUGUUUCUGUUACCUGUUCAUGAUCAUUAUCAGUUUGUACUCAGUUGAGGCAAGAGAGGUAGUCUACAAUGUGGUAACUAAAUUUGGAGCAAACCCAGAUGGAAAAACAGAUACAACAAAUUCAUUUCUUAAUGCAUGGAAAACAGCUUGUAAUUCAGCUGGUUAUAGUUCUGCUAUCAUUUACGUACCACGUGGAAAAUAUGUUUUAAAUCAAGCAAUCUUUAAGGGUCGGUGUAAGAAUAAUAUUUAUAUCACCUUUCAAAUUGAUGGAAUACUAUUGUCUCCCAAAGAUUAUAGUGUUCUUGGUAAAACUGGAAAAUGGAUUGCAUUUGAAGAUGUCUCUAGGGUAUCUAUUAAAGGUGGUACUAUUGAUGCUCGUGGUAUGGCCCUAUGGUCUUGCAAACUUGCUGAGAAGAAAUGUCCUGCAGGUGCCACGCAAUCACUGUUAUUCAGCAACUCAAAAGACAUUACAAUUACUGGAUUGACGUCGAUAAACAGUCAGAUGUUUCAUAUCGUAAUUAACGGUUGCCAGAACGUGCAUAUGGAAGGUGUAAAAGUUAAAGCUUCAGGGAAAAGCCCAAACACAGAUGGAAUACACGUUCAACAAUCAACAAACGUAAAUAUCAUCAGUGCUACUAUCAUGACUGGGGACGAUUGUAUCUCCAUUGGACCUGGCACAUUCCACUUAUGGAUCGAAAAAGUUGUUUGCGGACCUGGACAUGGCAUAAGCAUUGGUAGUCUUGGGAAGGGAUUUGAUGAACCAGGAGUUCAGAAUGUGACAGUUAAAUCGGUUACGUUCAGUAAUACCGAAAAUGGAUUAAGAAUAAAAACAUGGGGAAGACCUAGUGAUGGAUUCGUCCGAGGGGUUAAUUUUCAAGGCGCAAGAAUGAAUAAUGUCAACAACCCUAUUAUAAUUGAUCAAAAUUACUGCCCUCAUAAUGAAGAUUGUCCUGACCAGAUAUCUGGAGUACAGAUAAGUGAUGUACAUUACAAAGACAUAAGUGGAACCUCAGCGACAAGAGUUGCAGUAAACUUCGAUUGCAGUAGUAAGAAUCCAUGCAAAGACAUUACCUUGCAGAAUGUCAAACUUACUUAUAGAAAUCAGCCUGCACAUGCUACAUGUAUUAAUGCCGAUGGGUCUGCUUCUGGUUUCGUUGAACCUGCUAGUUGCCUCUCUAAGUGAAAGCCAAAGUAAUUAACAACUUCUGUAAGUGGGAUGAUAAAAUUGGUUGCUGGCGAUGAUAUCGGAGGUCGAAGUUCGUCUACGCACAUUUACUAAUGCCUACACACAUUUACUAAUAUAAUAGAUGUAUAGUAAAGAACUUCUUAAUUUGUAUCUAUAUAUAUAUAUAUAUACAUCAAAUAUAUAUGUAACUGCUAAAUGAUACGCCAUAGCCACAACCUACAGAUGUUUGUUGGAAUCUUCCAUUGAAGGAGUAAAAAACUACAGUAUAAUAUUUGUAUUAUGGGACUGAACUCUGAAGUAAAUAAAGAACGUCUGCUUUAAUGAA